GAAGCCCAGGCCCACUUUUUCACCAGAGAUGCUUCCCACAAACUCUCCACAGAGUCUUCGCCAAUGAUUAAACACUCUUUUUUUGGGCAAUAGUGUAUCAAAUAGUUUAGUUCUGAGGAUCUCCCCACACUCUGUGUAGGCUUCUAAAUGUCAUGCAAUACCGGCUACAAAGUAUAUGUGUGCAGAGAUGGAAAAUGCCUAGGAGAAAAGUCAACCAAGCACAGCGGCCAGUAGUCAGGGAUGACAGGAGUUGUAGGCUAACAUCUGCAGGAGGGCCGAAUGAGUCGCCUUGUGAUAGAGAACUCAGGAUGACAUAUGGAGUCCCCCAUCCGGACAAGCACCCUUCUGGACAGUGACCAGACCAAGACCUGCUUAGCGUCAGCAAAAGUAUGGGACCAUCGCUCAGAGGAAGAGCAUCUGCUUUGCAUGCAGAAGGUCCCAGCUUCAGUCCGUAGUAUCUCCUGAAAGACUUCUGCUUGAAAAUCUUGGAGAAGCUGCUACCAGUCAGAGUAGCCAGUACUGAGCUAGAUGGACCAAGGGUCUGACUCGGCAUAAGGCAGCUUCCUUCCUGUGUUCUCUGCAGCAAUGACAGCCAAGCAGAGAGUCAUCCGGGUGUCUACCGAGCAGCCGACCUACGCGGUCACCGUGCUGGGGACGGAAAUCUCUAUAGACGUAAAUGGAUUCAUCCCAAGAGGGGCUACAUCCUUUGACGUCCGCGGAACCUCUGGUCUCCGAGUCUACGUAAUCUACAACCCAAAACUGGUCACAAAACCAAUUGGGGCAGUUAGAUGGCCGCUCAACUCUGAGGUGGAGGUCAUAGUGGCCUCGAAUGACCCCAGCAGUGUCGUCAAUGACAACAAGGUUAGAGUUUCCUAUUAUGGCCCAACGGGGGAGACCCUCAUAGCAAAUGCUUGGUUGUAUCUCACUUGUAUGGCUAUUUCUCUGGAUGCUGAUACCAGCCGAACUGGAGUGGUAGAAAGCACUGCAAACAACAAGACAAAAUGGACGUGGGGCCCACAUGGAGAAGGAGCCAUUUUGCUGGUGAACUGUGACAGGGACGGCCCGAGCUCUGGGAACUUGGACAAUGCGUAUCCAUCUGUCCGCUCCUACGAAGACCUGCAAGACAUGUCCCUGAUGAUCCUGAGCACCCAGGGACCUGCCGGGGUCUUCGACAGCCACAAGCUGCUCCUUCAUAUCUCCAUGUUUGAUGCAGGCAAAGUCAGGGUUUUCCACGUCAACGGCAACACAUCCCUCUCCAGCUAUGAGCACGUGCUGGGCUCAGACAAGCUCUCCUACGCAGUGAAACGCAGUGAUGGGAAAGCGCGGCAUUCCUUCUUUGUGGAGGGGCUGGCAUUCCCAGACGCUGACUUCGCAGGGCUGGUUUCCUUGAACGCCACCCUUCUGGAGCAACCCAGUCAGGAUUUACCAGCCACCCCAGUUUUCACGGACACUGUGGUUUUCCGGGUGGCUCCCUGGCUGAUGACCCCCAACACACUGAAGCCUGUAGAAAUGUUUGUCUGCAGCAUUGUGAGAGGCCAAAACACCAACCAGAAGUUUUUGGAAGCCAUAAAAAUACUUGCAAAGGAAGCCAAUUGUAAACUGACAAUUUGCCCAGAAGUAGAAAACCGGGGUGACCGCUGGAUCCAGGACGAGAUGGAGUUUGGUUAUGUGGAGGCCCCGCACAAGUCUUUCCCUGUUGUCUUUGACUCCCCCCGAAACAGAGGCCUCAAGGAGUUCCCCUUUAAGAUGAUUUUGGGCCCUGAUUUUGGGUAUGUGACCCGAGAGCCCAAGAAUGGCCGCAUCUCCAGCCUGGAUUCUUUUGGGAACUUAGACAUCAGCCCUCCGGUGACAGUCAAAGGGAAGGAGUAUCCUCUGGGGCGGAUCCUCAUCGGGAGCAGUUUCCCUGGGUCCGGCACCAGGAGAAUGGCGAAAGUUGUCCGCGACUUCCUCUAUGCGCAGAAAGUUCAGUCCCCUGUGGAACUUUAUUCUGACUGGCUCACUGUGGGGCAUGUGGACGAGUUCCUGACCUUCGUCCCAGCUCCUGACCGGAAGGGUUUCCGACUGCUACUAGCCAGCCCCCUGGCCUGUCUGAAGCUGUUCAAAGAGAAGCAAAAAGAAGGUUAUGGAGGCGCUGCCCUGUUUGAAGGCCUCGGGAGAGUGGGGAGGAUUACUCUCGAUGAGAUCCUCGCAGAUGAAUAUUUGCGCAGCGACAGCAGAUACGUGCAGAGCUGCAUUGACUGGAACCGGAAUAUUCUGAAGCGGGAACUGGGCCUCAGCGAACGCGACAUCGUUGACAUCCCGCAACUGUUUACUCUAGAACAUUCCUCAGCGACCGCGUUGUUUCCGGACAUGGUAAACAUGCUUGUGUUGGGAAAACGUCUGGGCAUCCCGAAACCAUUUGGCCCCAUCAUUCACGGCCGGUGCUGCCUGGAAGAGGAGGUUUGUCGCCUCUUAGAGCCGCUGGGCCUGACCUGCACCUUCAUUGACGACUUUUUCUCUUACCACGUGCUGUCAGGAGAAGUCCACUGUGGCACCAACGUCUGCCGGGAGCCCUUCUCCUUCCACUGGUGGAACAUCCUCCCCUGAGCCGGGACGUCUGUCUUUUUCUGAAACUCUCGCUUAAUUUCCUCAGCACUUUGAGGGCGGGAAACAAGGCGUCUUGCCUGGGAGAUCUUGCAAGAAGAGGGUAAGAACGCGUAUCAACAACAAAUCCCCACUCACCCAACAUUCUCUCUCAGCCCUUGGACGUUAAUACUGAGGGGGCAAUUUGGAACUGCAACCCAUGGAAAUGCAGACUAACUCAACUCUGCAAAAACAAUGAAGUGGUUUUCCUGGGACAUGUGUGUGUGUUUCACUGCGAAAUGAGGGAUCUUUGGUUCCGCAGAGGGGGCUCAGAGGUUUAAAGAGGCAAUUCUGGCCCUCUUCACAUGUUAGGUUCAUCCCAUGCACAGUGUGCACAAGUAGUUUUUCACACAUUAUGUUCAGCUCACAGACAGUCAUAGAGUUCUUAUCUGUACCCUGCAUUUUUGGUGGCCUGUGCAGCAGGUUCACUUUAAAAAUGAACGCAUGUACAGUCAUUCAUACAAACACAUGCACAGACAGCGGCAUGCACCAUACAAGGUAACGUCUAAAAUAGGAUGCCUACAUAUUCUUUAUUAGAAAAAAAAAAAAUCCCAUUGGACUCAGUAAGGGCUUAUUUCUGAAGAAACACUGUUGUUAGUUAUGUUUCUAUUCCGUCUUUCCAAGGAGCUCUACAAAUUCCCCUCUCCUGCCCGUUUUAUCCUCAUAACAACCCUGCGAGGUCGGUUAGGCUGAGAGAGUUGCAUAAAAUGAAGCUGUCUCUCUUUUCUAUGCAGCUUUAAGGAAUUAGGGAUGUCUGCUCUAUGUA